AUGACAUUCCAUCUGGAUUACAAUUCCAACUCCACCUUGUCGGAUGUACCUAGUGAACCAGAAGAUCAAAUGCAGACAAAACGAGGAGGACCUGUGGGUAACAAAUCAAAAGUGACAACGAACCUGGGACGUGAAUUGAUUACCAACCUACCACCAAACUGUGGCUCUGUUACAUGGGAGGUCCGGGUUGUUGUUCAGCUGGAUCUCUUUCCAGAUAUUACAGCUGAGGUUAGAAAACUCAAGUUGGAACAAAAGAAGGCACAAAAAGCUUUCAAAGAUAAACGUGGCCCCAAACCUUCUAAGGAUCCUAUAUAUUGUUGUACUCCUACCCUAGAGGAGAUUGAAUUGGCCAGCUCCAUUGUUUCAGAUCCCAAAAAAUUCCGUCUCUAUGAUCAUGGCCUUGUCCAUAUGUUUGAUAGGAAGAUGACUAAAGAAAAGAAAAAGCCAAUUAUUGCUGAGAUCAAGUUCACAGACCUCAAGACCAUAUCCGAUCAGAUGCAGGGUGACUUGAAUUUCUUUCUUGGAUUUCUCCACCAAUCCAAGAAGUUUGUUAAUACUGAUCAUCCCGAUGAAUUCAUCCAACAUGUGCGUGAUGCCAAUCAAGCUUCUCAGAUCCUCUGGGACCUCUUCUUUCCAAUGGGUAACAAGGCCCUUGAAUCCAAUUGCCAGUUUAUGAUCAAGCAUAACCUACCAUCCUUCUCAGACCAAGUCAUCCCUGGUACCAUCCCUGAGUAAAA